CUCAUUGGCACGAUGUGAUUGGUUCCUCUUUGAACGGAGGCCCGCCAAGUUGGAAAACAGAAGAAGAUAGAAGCUCACCAAGGGAAACAAAUAUAUUCAUUAUGGCGCCUAAGCGCGGUAAUAGACGAGUCCGAUCCAGCGAAACAGUCAUGUUAUCAGAAAGUUCUAGUGGAAGUGAUUCAGAGAAAAAGCAGAAGAAAUGUACAGUGAACAACAGCAAGAGAAGAUCAAGACGACUUAAGAAACAAGACUCAGAUUCUUGCACUUCGAUUGAUUCUGCCUAUGAUGGAGAUGGAGAGACAACAAACAGCACCAUGGAGUCCUCCAGCAGCUCCGACCAGACUAUGUCUUCUCCCAGCAGUGACAUGUACGACUUUGACGAAAAUGACAACCCACCGGGUAGAGGCAUCCUCUCACCCAAACAAUCAAAGGUCAAGAAGAAAACAUCUAAACGAAUACAAGCCUCCAACAAAAAGUCAAGCUCUUCUAAAGCUAGUAAACCACGUAAGCUAUCUCCUAAAAUGGAAAGUGUUUCAGUGACUCCUGUUGUAAGUAAAGGAAAGUCGGAUGCCGAGAAUAAGCCCAGUAGGCGCCCCAAGGGCAUGAAGACACCAGGAGUGUCGCCCAUACUCUCUGCUAGUCGCCUUGAUUCCAGUAUGAACAGUUCUGUGGAGAACAGGGGUAAGAGGAAGAUGUCAGGUUCAACCCCACAUGUCACACCACAGAUAAGUUCAAAGAGCAAGAAUCCAAGAAUUGAUUCUAUAAAGAAUGACAGCGGAUGUUUUAUUUCUCCACCACCCAUGAAAGUGCCCCGACUCAUAGCCAAAGACACUUCUACACCUAGUAACAUGAAGGACGAUAUUCGGGUUGGUGUUAAGGACAAGUGUUUUGGCUUUGACUCCCUUGGUUCGCCAGCUCAUGGGAUCUCUACGUCAGACUAUGGGUCAGCAGUGAUGGAUUUGUCCCAAAUCUCAAUGGAUGACACAGCUCCAAGUGUGGAGAAAGACUUUGAGGUGACAAUGUUCUCGGGAGCCAGAGAUGCGCCAGAUCCAGAAAUGAUGCUGAAUAAGAGCUUAACAAUUUCCUAUAAACCCACUAAGCAAAAGAGACCAAAGGGACGUUACUCUAUCAGCAAGGUUGAUGCCUGGGCAGAGAAGAUGAACCAGGAGUUUGAUGAUGCAGAGCACUUUGAACUGAGCAUAGAAGGUUAACACCACUUGAGCACUGACACACUGACACUGCUGUGUAUAUGACAAGAUAUUUUUGAACUUAGAAAUGUUUCUCCAAAUUCAAUGUACACUUAGAGAACAAAAUGAAAAAAAUGCAAUUUGCAAAGGAGUUAUUCAUUGCUCUACAAAACAAAUUAAGAUUAUAAACUUCGAACUCCAAGAUUAUGCAACCAGUUAACAGUAAAACAUGCUAAACUCACCCAAUGAAUAACCUGUUCAGACUAGAAGAUCCAAUGUAAGGAGAAAAACAUAAAAUGUCUUUUCUUUUUCCUCUACCCCAUCUAGAAACAUGGAUUUUAAUCAUAAAAUAUCCAUUAACAGUGUAAUAAGAAUUUUUGAAAUGACAUGUUUGGGGGUAGUUUGGUUUGAAUCUUAGCGAUCCCCGAUCUACAUCCUCUAUUGUUAUAAUUAACCGUGAUAAGGACCACCUUCAUGCUUGGUACCAGUCAAGAGUUGCAGCCUUUUUUUCAGCAGCAGUGUUUUGAGCAUCAUGUGCAAGGCCAUUUGUUCAUGUUAGAUUUAGAAUGCAAUGUUAGAUCAUUGUGUGAGGAAGACUGUUUUCGUUGUAUUAUACUAUUUAUUCCAUCUGAUGAAUGUGUGCAUCAAUUUCAUGAUAACAAACUUGUCUAAAUAUUUGAAAGCUGUUUUAGAACAUAUCAGUAUGUCAAUGUUUGGGGGUGGACAUGUUGACUUUAAGGUCAUAUUUGACAUCUGUAUAUCAGGGUUUCCACAAGACCUAUUUUCCAGUCUUGGAAAAAUCAUGGAUUUAAAAAAAGGAUGAAAUCAUGGAAUAAUCUAUAUAUUAAUAUAUAUAUAAAUAAUAAUCUUAUAAGCCAAGAAAUAUGGUACUGUAACUGGACUAUAUCAACAGUAGUUAAAGUAAGUGUUAGUAUGCAGUGUGUCUGCAGUUUAUACUGUAAGAUAUUGAACCAUUAUUGAUUUUAAUGACAUGUUUUAUUAUUGGAUAUAUGUCAGUAGUGAGUGAGUGAGUUUAGAUUUACUCCGCUUUCAGCAAUAUUCCAGCAAUACCAAAGCAGGGAACACCAGAAAUGGGCUUCACUCAUUGAAGUCAUGGGGGGAAUCGAACCUGGGUCUUUGGCGUGACGAACGAACAAUUUAAUCACUCGGCUACCCCACUGCCCUGAAAUACCUCUUGUUAAGUACAAGUUUAAAGGGAGAAAAUGGUAGAUUUAUUGAUGUUAUAUGAAUGUGAGGAAUGGAACCCGGGUCUUCAGCAUGACGAGCGAAUGCUUUAACCACUGGGCUACCCCAUCACCCCUAUAUGUCAAUAAGGAUAGUUAAAGAGUAAA